CUGAGACGGAGCUUCUGUCUCAGCCAUGGCAAGUGUUCACGAAAGCCUAUACUUUAACCCCAUGAUGACUAACGGGGUAGUUCACGCCAAUGUGUUCGGUAUCAAGGACUGGGUGACACCAUACAAGAUCUCAGUGCUGGUGCUGCUGAGCGAGAUGACCAAAGAUACGAAAAUUAGCUUGGUGGAGAAGAGGCGCUUAAACAAGCAAAUCCUUCCCCUCUUGCAGGGACCAGAUAUGACUCUCUCAAAAUUAAUUAAGAUUGUUGAAGAGUGCUGUCCACAUGUAGCAAGCUCUGUCCAGAUCAGAAUAAAGUUGAUGGCUGAAGGAGAACUGAAGGACAUGGAGCUAUUCUUUGAUGAUCUUGCAGAUUCUUUCACAGGAACUGAACCUGAAGUGCAUAAAACAAGUGUUGUUGGACUUUUCCUUCGACACAUGAUCUUGGCAUACAACAAACUUUCCUUCAGUCAGGUAUACAAACUGUACACAUCAUUGCAGCAGUAUUUUCAGAGUGAGAAAAGCAAGGCCACUUCAAAGCCAGAUAGUAAUGAGGGAGACAUGGAUCUUAGUAACACCGAGGAGGAAGAAGGAAAACUAGAGAAAGAAGAUCUGGAUUUUCCUAUUGGGGAGGAAGACUUGGCUUGCAACGGCCCUUUAUCUCAGAAACAAGCAGAAUAUUUCCUGUCUCAACAGGCUUCUUUACUGAAGAGUGAUGAGAGCAAGGCCCUGCCCCCAGUUUUACUGCAAAAGGAACUGAAUAAUUUGCUGAAAUUCAACCCUGAUUUUGCAGAAGCUCAUUACUUAAGCUAUUUAAACAGCCUACGUGUUCAAGAUGUGUUCAGCUCAACACACAGCCUCUUGCAUUACUUUGAUCGUUUAAUUCUCACCGGUGCAGAGAGUAAAAGUAAUGGAGAUGAAGGAUAUGGGCGGAGUUUGCGAUAUGCUGCACUGAAUCUUGCUGCCUUGCACUGCCGCUUUGGACACUAUCACCAAGCGGAACUUGCACUUCAGGAGGCAAUCAGGAUAGCACAGGAGUCCAGUGACCAUGUGUGUUUGCAGCACUGCUUGAGCUGGCUGUAUAUCCUGAAACAUAAGAAAGGUGUAGACAGCAGUGUUUUAUUGGAACAUUCUGUGAAGAAAGCCAUACACUUUGGACUACCAUAUUUGGCCUCCCUAGGCAUACAGUCCUUGGUUCAGCAGAGAGCUUUGGCAGGGAAGACAGCUGACAAACUCAUGGAUGCCCUGAAGGACUCUGAUCUUCUUCACUGGAAACACAGCCUGUCAGAACUUAUUGACAUCAGUACAGCUCAAAAGACAGCAAUUUGGAGACUGUAUGGACAGAGUACCAUGGCACUUCAGCAAGCCCAGAUGCUCCUUAGUAUGAACAGCUUGGAUGCUGGAAAUGUUGGGGUUCACCAGAACAACACAGAAUCUUUUGCUGUGGUUCUCUGCAAUCUUGCUGAGCUUCAUGCAGAACAGGGUUGUUUUUCAGCGGCUUCCGAAAUCUUAAAGCAUUUAAAAGAGCGAUUCCCUCCUAAUUCCCAGCAUGCAAAGCUUUGGAUGCUGUUUGACCAGAAAAUUCAGUUUGACAGAGCAAUGAAUGAUGGCAAAUAUCAUACAACUGAGUCACUGGUAACUGGCAUUACUGCACUAAACAGCGUGGAGGGAUUGUACAGGAAGGCUAUUGUCUUAAAAGCUCAAAACCAAACUGCAGAAGCCCAUAAAAUUCUACAAGUGCUGCUUAGUCACUGUCAGAAGAUAAAGAACAUUGAAAUGGUGAUUCGAGUCCUGCUGUCCUUAGCAGAGCUAUACUGGAGGUCUUCCUGCCAUCCUGUAGCAUUGCCAGUUUUACUUAAGGCCUUGGCUCUGUCACGAGAAUAUAGACUCCAGUCUCUAGCUUCAGAAACUGUGCUCAACUUGGCUUUCUCUCAGCUCAUGCUAGGAAUUCCAGAACAAGCAUUAAGCAUACUACAUAUGGCAAUUGAGCCCAUUCUGGCUCAUGGUGCUGUGCUGGAUAAAGGUCGUGCCAUGUUUCUGGUCGCCAAAUGUCAAGUAGCUUCAGCUGCAUCCUACACUCUACAAAAGAAAACUGAAGCUUUGGAGUCAGCCAUUUUAAACCUUAAUGAAGCAAAAGCAUACUUUGCAAUGGUGGACUGCAAAGAGCAGAUCCGGGACAUCCUGUACUUACAAGCUAGGCUGUACAACACUUUGGGGAACAUACAAGAAAGGAACAAAUGCUCAAUGCUUUUCCGCCAGAUGCAUCAAGAGCUUCCUUCUCAUGGGGUAUCAUUAGUUAUUCGCCUGUAGGAAUGUUGCUGCCAAGUGAUACAGUACUGUGACUGCUCCUGUACACAGCAAAUCCCACUUUCUGGGGGUAAAUUGCCCUGGACCAUUCACUGGUGGGAUAUUGGUCUCGAAGGAAGACCUUCUGGAUAAAGGUUAUGCAAUGCAUAAAGAUGUCCUCUUGAAAGCUACUUCAUAAACAGUGAUUUUCAGGACAAGUUUUUUUUCAGAUGAAUUUUUCAGAUGAAUGUAUGCAGCUGAAUGCGGCACCUUUUUCUACAGCCUACCUGAGAGCUUUGCUGCCUUUAUUUCAAAAUAUCCAUUUCACCGGAUUCUGUUAUGGUAGGGCAUACAGAUCUCAGCCGAACAAUGUAGUGGAAUAUGUAGUGUUCUCAACAUUAUGAACUUGUUUAUAUUGGUAUGGGAAGUACUGUCUGGGGUGUUUAAAUUAAUUUUUAUGCUAAAAGUGUAUUCACUGUUAAACCCGCUCUCGAGCAAUAUCCACUUCAUAAAUUAAAUAUGCAAGUUUUCAGUAAAAUGCAGUGCAAAAUUGAUUUCAAGCUUCCUAAGGUGUGAAGACUGGGAAAGACUCACUGCCACCCAAAAAGCUGUGCUGCUGUUUCAUGUGCUGUUGAAACAUUCAAUAAAUUCUGCAUCAGGUUU